AUGUGGUUCAUUCCUCCAGGUUAUGUGGAUACUGUUCAUCCUGAUUAUGUCUGCAAGUUGCAUAAAGCCAUUUAUGGUCUUAAACAGGCACCUAGGGCCUGGUUUGAUAGUUUUAAUUUUGAACUCUUUCACAUUGGUUUUCAUGCCUCUUCUGUAGACUCUAAUUUGUUUAUUUUGCAUCAUGAUACUUUUGUGAUUUACCUGCUUCUAUAUGUGGAUGAUAUUAUUGUCACUGGUAAUAGUCUUCCUUUCAUUGAUCAUCUGGUUUCAAGGCUUGCCACUGUUUUUGACUUGAAAAUUCUUGGUCCUCUUGCUUAUUUCCUUGGACUUCAAAUUGAGUAUACUUUUCAAGGGUUGUUUGUGCGUCAAUCAAAGUAUGCUUUGGAUGUACUGACCAAGUUUAAUAUGUUGAACUGCAAGCCUUGUGUUACUCCCUACUCUCUUAUAGUUCAUGUCAACAAUCCAAUUGGUACUUUACUUCCAGAUCCUAUUGUGUUUAAAAGCAUGGCUGGGGAUUUGGAGUAUCUUACAUUUACCAAACCAUAUUUGGCUUAUUCUGUCCAACAAGUUUGUCAAUUUAUGAGUCACCCUACUCAUCAUCAUUUAGUGCCUACCAAAAGAAUCCUUAGAUAUCUCAAGGGUACUCUACAUUAUGGUAUUCAUUUUCAGCCUGGUCCUUUGGUUCUUUCAUCUUAUUAUGAUGCUGAUUGGGCUGGUGGUCCCCUUGAUAGGAAGUCUAUUACUGGUAUGGUGGUGUUUUUUGGUCACUCUCCUAUCACUUGGUCUGCUAAGAAGCAACUGACUGUGGCUAGGUCCUCUACUAAGGCUGAAUAUAGGGCUUUAGCUACUAUAGCUGCUGAGGUGAGUUGGAUUAGAAUGAUUCUUCAUGACUUGGGUAUUUUCUUAUCUUUGUCUCCUAUGCUCUGGUGUGAUAAUGUUUCUGCCUUGGUCCUCACUUCAAAUCCCAUUUUUCAUGCUCAUAGCAAGCAUAUUGAGGUUGAUUACCAUUAUAUUCAUGAGAAAGUUCUUGCUAAGGAGUUGGAGCUUAACUUUAUCUCUACACUUGAUCAACUAGCUGAUAUAUUUACCAAAGCUCUUCCUUCUUCUCGGUUUCUUGAUCUUGCUCACAAACUGAUGGGUGUUCCUUCCCUCAGUUUGAGAGGGGAUGUAAAGGCACUUGUACAAGCUAAGGUAAAGGGUCAAGCACAAGAUGAUAAUGCUGAUGACAGAGCUGUCGGUAAAUGA